UUGGCACAAUAAGAACUAGGCUUCUCCAUCAUCUCUCAAAACGGCAGAGUAAUGUGUGUGGUGAGCUGCUCCAGGUGUGUGGGUGUGGCCCUGGUUCCCCUGGCCUUGUUGUGCAUCCUGGCCAACAGCCUGCUGUUCUUCCCCUGGCUGGAGGGACGCUACCUGCUGGAGGGUCAUGUGACCAGAGAGGCCACCUAUGGAACCGGCUUGUGGGCGUCGGGAUUCCUGGUUCUGGUCGGAGCGAGAGGAUUUAUAAUUGGCAGCUCAAAGACGGGCUGCUGUGGAUUCAGGACUGAGAUGCUGUUCCAGGUGGGCUCCUCCUGCGUGGCCCUGACUGCUGCUGCCCUCUGCUGUCUGGUGAGCGCCAGCGCGCUGGUCCACGGCCCGCUGUGCCUCCAUAACUCCACGCAGGGCCAGGCCUGGGCGUCCCCGUUCAGACGCACGUCCAGCCAGGACCCAGUCUACCUGUAUGCCCCUGCUCUUUGGGACUCUGCCUGUGAGGAGCCAAGGAGUGCUGUGUUGUGGCACGUGGUGCUGUUCUCUGUCCUGGCAGCCAGCAGUGCCCUGCAGGCUCUCCUCUGUGCUGCCCACACACUCAACUCCAUAUGUGGCGUCGUCUUCGGUCGAGGGUUCUGCCGAAACAAGGUCAGUCCAGUCUCUGUUUAAGCUCCAGGACUGUGAGAAGAGAGGAAGGGAUUAUGGUGAUGAUGAAGAGGAUAGUGAUGAUGAUGAUG